CCAAUACCGAACAGAGAAAUCCCAAUUACAAACUAAUUAUUACCCAGAAUUGAUUCCCUACAAUUUCUGCGUAUCCUAAAAAGCGACCCUACUAGCUCCUACUAUGCUGUCUAUCCUCCGCAAGGCACGUCUUAAGGACAAGGAGAUGCGAAUUCUCAUGCUAGGUCUAGACAAUGCUGGAAAAACUACCAUUGUAAAAAAGAUUCUUAAUGAAGACGUUAAUACCGUGAGCCCGACACUGGGGUUCAUUAUCAAGACAAUCGACUACGACGGGUGAGUGCACUGAUGGUCCGAUUUCAGACAGGUUUAACCAGAUGCACAGCUAUAAACUUAAUAUAUGGGAUGUCGGUGGUCAAAAGACACUCCGGUCUUAUUGGAGAAACUAUUUUGAGAAGACAGAUGCUCUGAUAUGGGUAGUUGAUUCAACAGAUCGACUACGUAUAGACGACUGUCGAGAAGAACUGCAUGGGCUACUACAAGAAGAGCGAUUGGCUGGUGCUAGUUUGCUCAUAUUUGCGAACAAGACCGAUGUGGAUGGUUGUAUGUCCGAGCAAGAGAUUCUUUCGUCACUUGCACUAGCAGAUAUUCGAUCACAUCAAUGGCACAUUUUACGCUGUAGCGCGAUGACAGGCACGAAUUUGCAAGAGGGACUCGCAUGGGUAGUGGAAGAUGCGAAGAAACGGCUCUUCCUUUAUUAAAAGACCUAGUAUUUGGGUGGUAAUGUAGAAUUGGGUGAAAAGAUAGUAAUGAGUACAUGACUUCACAUGAUAAUAGGCAUCCCAAGUAACAGGACAGGCUACAAUAUGGUGCCGAAGCAGACCAACCAAUCAGGCAGCGUAGGUGAAUCUCUGGGGCUUUGCGAUACGAAGAAGCCUGGUGACGAAUGUGGGCUGAACUGGAGAGUGUGAGUGGUCUAUCGUACGCAAAGACGCGCAAAUCACGAGCUUUUUGGCGCGUGUUGUUAUUCUUGGGGCGGAGGGUGGAUGUAAACAAAGGUGGGCGGUUUGCUCAGCUAGGCAACGCGAUUCGACUAAAAGAAAACAAUUCACUGAGGCGAAGAGCCAGAAAUAAAAGUGAAAGUAAAACUUGACGAGAGGAACAUGCAGAAUGGCAAAACUGCAGGGAGAUGGUCAAUCGCAUGUAUAUAGUACCAGAGACAUAAUCCCUGUCGUUAAGAUACGAGCGAGGCCUGUUGCCGCCCAAUUCCAUCAAGCCAUACUAUCCCUUGAACCAUGAUGUCGC